AUGGAGAACCUCCCUACCGAAUUGCACUACGACAUCUUCCGGGGCCUGUCUGAGGCCGACCUCGUCGUCCUCGCGCGUGUUUCGUCGCGGCUUCGUCACCGCGUCGAACCCAUUCUCUACGCUCACGUUGACGUCUCGGAUCUUGGCAAACCACGCACACAUUACGAGAUCUUCCGCACUGCAAUCCUCGCACGCCCAGACGAGCUUGGUCCACUGGUCCACUCGCUUCAAAUAUCUGAUUUUCACAACAAUAUUCCAUGGGAUGAACCACGUACAGCCGAGCUGUUUCGUGCCAUGUCUAGCCUUCGAAGGCUUGUCUUGCGAAAAUCAGACGGUUAUUUAUCCUCUUCCCUAUUUUCCGACGUUUUCUCUGCUGUCUCUCCCUCUCUUACGGAGUUCGAAUGCGACUCUGUCGGCGUUGGUCCCGGGAUUCACUCCUUCCUGAACAUACAUCCCAAUCUUACCGUGUGGCGUCAAUGGAAAAGUGGCGCAGACCAUUGGCAGACCUACUGCCCCUCUCCCAACCAUCUCCCUCUGCCCAAUCUCAAGGCCUGCGAAAUCGAAUGUCACUGUCCAGAGCUCGUCGCCAGUCUUCUACGCCGAAUGGUCAACCUGACGGACUUGACCAUCGAUUAUUCCGUACACACACCUGCGCUACUCGGCGAAGCCGCAGGCAUGAAUGAACAACUGGCCGCUUUCGACGCAUGUGGCGCUAACAUCACCCGUCUAUCCAUGUGCGGUAUCCCUACGAGCUACUUCAGUCUUCAUGGACUACAAGACCGCCCUUUCACCUGGAUUCUGAUGAACGUCCUCCCUCGCACGCAGAACCUCCGUCAGCUCCAGCUCCGACACCCCAUCGCAUCAAUAUCACGAUCUCCUUACUCCCACCGCGUAAUCUUUCCCUCCGAACGUAUCCAACCCGCUGAUUUCGCCCGUCUGGAGUCGAUAAAAUGGGUCAGCGGCGACGCGCUCGAAUAUUGCGGGGCUGGUCUUUCGUCUUGCGGGGCUCAGAACGCGGACGCGCUGUUUGCGCUGUUUCCAUCGCUUCGGAUUUUGGAGUAUUACGAGACGGGACAUGUUCAUGUUUUUCGGCGUCUCGGAUGGAGGGAGGGAGGCACUGAUAUUGUGCGGUGGACUGGGAUCGUUGAUCGUUAUAGGUUGAAAAAGUAUCAUGAGCGGAAUCCGAGGCAGGUGCUCUUUAGCGAGUAUCCUGCUCUUGAUUGGUGA